UGGGCGGGGGCAGGCGACGGGCCCAGGAGCGAUGGGCUCCAGUCGCAGCACGGGGAGGUCACAGUGAGUGCGAAGGUUAAGGAAGUGUCCUCAGACAAGAUGCAGCCCACUGCAGUACUGCAGGAACCUGUUGAUUCCUGGCCAGAGCAACUACAGGCCCAUCAUGCGGACAGGCCUCUGGAGGAGUCAGGAGAGAGGGAAACCCCAGGGCAUGGGGACAAGCCACCUCAAGUCCCCAGAGAGGAGCCCCUGCCCCACCAGGAGUCAGAUUCCCCUGAAACUGAGGAGAACUGGGAGCUGUCAGCAGAUGAGCGCUCCUCAGGCUGGUGCCCCAGGCGAGAUCCUUCCCUAGGACCAGGUGCAGGGACCCUGAGGAGAGCUGAGCAGAAUCCUCCUGGAGAAGAGCCUAUAAACCUGGAGCUGCAGAGGACUUCCCCAGGGAGACUGGAAAAGAGGGGCUCCCUGACACCUGAGCCAAGCCAAGUGCAGCUCCGGGAGGUGUUUGAGGACGUGUCUGUGUAUUUCACGCGGAAGGAGUGGGAGCUCCUGGAAGAUGAAGACAAGGUACUUUAUCGGGACCAGAUGCUGAAGAAUUACCAAGCCCUCAUUUCCCUGGGAUAUCGAGGUCCCACACCUGACUUAAUCUGCAACAUUCAGCGAGGACAGGAGGAGCUCUGGGGCUGUGAUGAGGACAGUGGGGAAAUCUCAAGGUCAGAGGACCUGCUGGCAGGAGAUGUCUGGACGCUGAGUAGAGCUGAGGAGCAGGCUCCUGCGCAAGGGUCUGCGAACCUGGAGCCACCACCAACUUGCCCAGGGAGUUUGGGUGAGAUGGACUCCCUGAGACCUCAGAAGAAGCAAUGGCACAAGAGUCAGGCCAGGCCCAAAAAACAGAAGGAGAAUGUAGCAGCAAGCCAGCACCGGCACGUCCACCUGGGGAGGAAGACACAUCACUGCACCGAGUGCAGGAAGAACUUCAUCUGCCGGCAAGACCUGUCCCAGCACCAGUGUGUGCUUAGGGGGGAUCAGCCACACCACAGCACCAAGUGUGAGAAGAGCUUCAGGAAGCCCUCAAAGCUGGCCAGGCACUGGUGCAUGAACACAAGAGAGAAGCUGUAUUGGUGCUUAGAGUGUGGAAAGAGCUUCACCCGAUCCUCCAGCCUGGCGGAGCACCAGCGUAUCCACACAGGGGAGAAGCCACAUCAGUGUUCUGUGUGUGGGAAGAGCUUCACCAGAUCCUCCAGCCUGGCCAAGCACCAGCUUAUCCACACAGGAGAGAAGCCACAUCGGUGCUCUGUGUGUGGGAAGAGCUUCAGCCUAUCCUCCAACCUGACCAAACACCGGCUCAUCCACACAGGGGAGAAGCCACACCAGUGCUCUGUGUGUGGGAAGAACUUCAACCAGUCUUCCAACCUAGCUGAGCACCAGCUUAUCCACACAGGGGAGAAGCCAUAUCCGUGCGUUGUGUGUGGAAAGAGCUUCACCCGAUCCUCCAGCCUGGCUCAGCACCAGCUCAUCCACACAGGGGAGAAGCCACAUCAGUGCUCUGUGUGUGGGAAGAGCUUCAACCGAUCCUCCAACUUGGCUCAGCACCAGCGUAUCCACACAGGGGAGAAGCCACAUCGGUGCUCUGUGUGUGGAAAGAGCUUCACCGGAUCCUCCAGCCUGGCUAAGCACCAGCUUAUCCACACAGGGGAAAAGUCACAUCGGUGCUGUGUGUGUGGAAAGAGCUUCACUGGAUCUGCCAGCCUGGCCAAGCACCAGCUUAUCCACACAGGGGAGAAGCCACAUCAGUGCUCAGAGUGUGGGAAGAGAUUCACCCAAUCAUAUGAGCUGGCCCAGCACCAGCGUAUCCACACAGGGGAGAAACCACAUCAGUGCUCAGAGUGUGGGAAGUGUUUCACCCGAUCCUCUGACUUGGCUCAGCACCAGCGUAGCCACACAGGGGAGAAGCCACAUCAGUGCUCUGUGUGUGGGAAGAGCUUCACCCGAUCCUUUAGCCUGGCUCAGCACCAGCGCAUCCACACAGGGGAGAAGCCACAUCAGUGUUCGGAGUGUGGGAAGAGCUUCACCCGAUCCUCCCACCUGGCUCAGCAUCAGCAUAUCCACAAAGGGGAGAAGCCACAUCAGUGCUCUGUGUGUGGGAAGAGCUUCACCCGAUCCUUCAGCCUGGCUCAGCACCAGCGCAUCCACACAGGGGAGAAGCCACAUCAGUGCUCAGAGUGUGGGAAGUGCUUCCCCCACUCCUCCAGACUGGCCCAGCACCGGUGCAUCCAGAUCCAGCAGCAUCCAUAAUUCUGCCAGCAUGCAGGAAGGUCUUGGGAACGUUUACCCGCUCAGCAACCAUCAGGGUCUGCAUCCCAGCAAAUAGCUUUCUAUUGGUGGACUGCAGCAAGAGUUCACCCAUCGUUCAGCCCUUCAAGGACUGCAGAACCCAAAGGACACAGAGGCUGGCCCCCAAGGUUUGAUGAUGAGGAGGGGUUAAAAGGAAAUGUCUUAGGCAGAGGCCAGCCCAGAUGCUGGAGGAACCUUUGAGAAGAUGAUCUCCAUAAUUGUCCUUUCUGCUGAUACCCACCCCAUGUAUAAAUCCGACCCCCUCCCCUUUCCCUAUAUUACAGCAUUUAAAAUAAUAACCUUGUUACUUCUGA